AUGUUGGAAGAGUAUGGACUGGAGCUUGGCUCCAAGGUUGACAUCCAGCGCAGCGAUGGCCGCGUCCAUGGCGCUGUGAUCAGCAGCUGCAAUGCCGACACCAAGACGGUGUCUGUGCAGUGGGUGGAGAACAACGAGACCAAAGGCAAGGAGAUUGACUUCAACACGCUGGUUCGCAUCAACAAACUUCAGCGCAAGACGCCGCAGCAACAGCAGCAGCAGAAACAACAACCCCAAAGCAUCAGCGCAAGCUCGAAGAAGCCACUCAACCCUUCCUCACACAACUCGCCGGCGUCCCAACGCCCCGCCUCCCCCAAGAAACCGUCCUCAGCCAUGGGCGGUCGCCGACAAACCAACAUCAAGUCGUCCUCUGUUCAGCAGCAGCCCGCUGCGCCCUUCAGUGUAAAGGAGCGCGAUCACAGCAACCUGUCCAAGGCGGACCGCAAGGUUGCGCAGAUGAUUGACGAGUGCCGUGCUCGGUUCAACCCGCGGCCCUUCUCGACAGCGCAGGCCGUGUACACGGACAAGAUCACGGUGUGUGUGCGCAAGCGACCGCUCGGAAAGAAGGAGAACAACAACAACGAGAUUGACUGCAUCACUGCACCGGAUGGACAGCUCACGGUCGUGCACGAGCCCAAGGAGAAGGUGGAUCUCACCAAAUACAUCGAGAACCACGAGUUCCGGUUUGACUAUUCGUUUGACGAGGCGUGCGAUAACGCCAUCGUGUACAAAUACACGGCAGCGCCGCUCGUCCGCACCAUCUUCGACCGCGGCAUGGCAACCUGCUUUGCAUACGGACAGACCGGGUCUGGCAAGACGUACACGAUGGGUGGGCUUGGCAGCGGUGUUGAGGGCAUCUACGCCAUGGCAGCAAAGGACGUGUUUGCACUCAAUGCACAGCGCGGUGCAGAUCAGCUCACCGUUAGUGUCUCCUUCUUCGAAAUCUACGGCGGAAAGGUGUACGAUCUGCUGAACAAACAGAAGCGCCUGCGUGUGCUUGAGGACGGCAAGAACCAGGUCCGCGUCGUCGGCCUCUCCGAGAAGGUUGUUGAGACGAUCGGACAGGUGCAGGAGCUGCUUGCGAUUGGAUCGCGGGCGCGGGCGACGGGUACGACGUCGGCCAACGCGGCAUCAUCGCGCUCACACGCCGUGCUCCAGAUUAUCCUGCGUGAGCCGCAGGGCCGACGCAAAAUGCACGGCCAGUUUUCGCUCAUUGAUCUCGCGGGCAACGAGCGGGGCGCUGACACCGCUUCCGCCGACAGACGCACACGCAUGGAGGGUGCUGAGAUCAACAAGAGCCUGCUCGCCCUGAAGGAGUGCAUCCGUGCGCUGGGCCGUCGCGGUGCCCACACGCCGUUCCGCGCCAGCAAGUUGACACAGGUCCUUCGUGACAGCUUCAUCAGCCCGCGUGCGCGCACGUGCAUGAUUGCCAUGAUCUCCCCAGGGCGCAAGUCGUGUGAACAUACACUCAACACGCUGCGGUGA